AUGGGACAGACUCAAAUUACUCCUUUAAGCAUUAUGGUUGACCAUUUUAAAGAGGUAAGGGAAAGAGCCAGCGACCUCAGUGCGGAGGUUCGGAAAGACCGGUGGCAGACUUUUUGUUCCAGGGAGUGGCCAACCUUUGACGUCGGGUGGCCGCCGGAGGGGACUUUCGACCUCCCCAUCAUCCGCCGGGUCAGGGAUGUCGUCUCCCGACUCAGGGGUGGACAUCCUGGUCAACUCUCUUACAUUGUUACUUGGCAGGACCUCGUGGAAGACCCACCAUCUUGGCUCAGGCCCUUCCUACCUCCACGUUCUCCUGGGCCGAAGCCUAUUCUUGCCUUGCAGAGAACGGAAAAGGAGGAGAAAAAGAAGAAUCUCACCCAGCCUUCGGCCCCCCUGCACCCUGUCCUGCAAGGGGGGACUGAAGAAGAACUAAUCUUUCCUCCCCCAUAUAGCCCAUGGGGGGGCGAUCCUUCCACACCAGGAGUGGCUGGGGACGGAGUUCCAGGAGUGGCUGGGGGCGGACGGGAACUGUCUGCCGCAGCACCCGACUCCACUAUCAAGACCCUGCCCUUACGGGCCGCUGGACCCCCGGAUGCAGACAGCAACCAGCCCCAUCAUUACUGGUCUUUCUCAACAUGCGAUCUCUAUAACUGGAGGGCACAAAACCCUAAGUUUUCUGAAAAGCCGGGGGGGCUUAUUGACUUGCUAGAUUCUGUUCUUUUCACCCAUCAGCCCACAUGGGACGACUGUCAGCAGAUUUUACAGGUUCUGUUCAUGACGGAAGAGAGAGAAAGGAUCCUCAAUGAGGCCCGGAAAGUGGUUCCAGGUGUGGACGGAAACCCAACUGCCAACCAGGUCCAGAUAGAUGUCUCUUUUCCCUUAACUAGGCCUGAAUGGGAUUUCAACACGGCAGAGGGUAAGGAGAGGCUUUCGGUCUACCGCCAGACCCUUAGGGGUCUCAGAAUGGCUGCUAGAAAGCCAACUAAUUUGGCCAAGGUGGGGAAUGUUCAGCAGGAAAGGGAUGAGUCUCCAGCUGCCUUUUUAGAACGGAUCAUGGAGGCUUACCGCACCUACACCCCCAUGAAUUCAGAAGCUCCUGAAAACAAGGCAGCUGUGAUCAUAAGCUUUGUAAACCAAUCGGCCGCAGAUAUUAAAAAGAAACUACAAAAAGUAGAUAGGUUGGGAGAGAAGAGUUUACAGGAUUUACUGGCAGUGGCAGAGAAGGUGUACAAUAACCGAGAGUCUCCAGAAGACAGGCAGGCUCGCGUCGUGGCUGCCACUAGCAGUAGGCAAGCUCGGGACCUGGCUAGGGUCCUGCUGGCUACGACCAUGGACUCCCCCAGGGAGCGAGACCGUCGCCUCCGACAGCUUGCAAGCAAUAAAGGAAGAGGUAAGCAGACCACCCGAAAAGGGAGGCGGGGGCUUCGGAAGGAUCAGUAGUUUUGCAUGGGAAUAGGGCACUGGGCUCGAGAGUGUCCGGAGAAGGCCGGUGAGAAGGGAGACAGGACCGACCGAGUUAAGGUCUUAGAGCUGGGUGAACUGAGUGAUUAGGGGAGUCAGGGUUCGGACCCCCUCCCCAAGCCCAGGAUAACUCUCAGAGUGGAGGGGACUCCUGUUAACUUCCUUGUUGACACCGGGGCACAACAUUCGGUCCUCCGCACCCCGCAAGGAAAACUGGCGAACAAAAAGUCCUGGGUGCAAGGGGCAACUGGUAUAAGCCAGUAUUCAUGGACUACCCGAAGAACAGUAGAUUUAGGAACGGGCCGGGUAUCCCACUCUUUCAUGGUGAUACCGGAAUGCCCUUACCCACUAUUGGGACGGGACCUACUGACCAAAAUUGGUGCUCAGAUAACUUUCAGACAAGGGCCUCAGGUCACCGAUGGGGAGGGCCGCCCCAUUCAGGUCCUGACCAUGAGGCUAGAGGAUGAGUAUCGCCUCUACCAGAAGGCUUCCCCAGUAGAGGGCAGUAUGGACAAAUGGCUACAAGAAUUCCCAACAGCUUGGGCAGAGAGGGGGGUGGGGCUGGCCGCCCACAGGGCCCCAGUCCUGGUAGAACUAAAACCAGGAGAAGGUCCAGUAAGAAUCAAGCAGUACCCCAUGCCUCAGGAGGCACGGAAGGGAAUUCAGGCUCAUAUCAGGAGACUGAAGAGCUUGGGGGUGUUAGUCCCCUGCCAGUCUGCGUGGAACACUCCGCUACUGCCGGUUAAAAAGCCACAGACAAACAACUACAGGCCAGUACAGGACCUCCGAGAAGUAGAUAAAAGAGUUAUGGACAUACACCCAACAGUCCCAAACCCGUACACUCUCUUGAGCUCCUUGGCGCCCUCUAAAGUCUGGUACACGGUAUUAGAUCUGAAAGAUGCCUUCUUCAGUCUACCGCUAGUACCUCAAAGUCAGCCCCUAUUCGCCUUCGAGUGGCAUGACCCAGAGGAGGGCUUCAGUGGACAGCUGACCUGGACACGCCUACCCCAGGGGUUCAAAAACUCGCCCACCAUCUUCGACGAGGCACUGCACGAGGACCUGGGUGAGUACAGAAGGGAACACCCCAACCUGACCCUCCUCCAGUACAUAGAUGACAUCCUGAUUGCUGCCGACACAGCCAAGGACUGUGAGCGGGGGACCCAAGAUCUAUUGGCCACCCUGGGGGCCUUAGGGUACUGGGCAUCCGCGAGGAAGGCUCAGUUAUGCCGAGAAAGGGUGAGUUACCUGGGAUACAUCCUAGAGGGCGGGCAGCGGCGGUUAUCGGAUGCCAGAAAAGAGACUGUUUUGAAAAUCCCUACUCCCACCUCUCGAAGAGAAGUGAGGGAAUUCCUAGGAUCAGCUGGCUACUGCCGCCUCUGGAUACCGGGUUUUGCCGAAAUCGCCAGGCCCCUAUAUGAAGCUACCAAAGAGGGAAGGGCGUUUGACUGGACUGAGACAGAUGAAGCUGCCUUUAGGCAGUUGAAGAAAGCCCUUCUAGGUGCUCCAGCCCUGGGCCUGCCAGAUAUUACGAAGCCCUUUCAUCUCUUUGUAGAUGAACACAAAGGGAUAGCAAAAGGGGUCUUGACUCAAGCUUUAGGCCCCUGGAACCGCCCAGUGGCUUACUUGUCCAAGAAGUUAGAUCCUGUAGCUGCUGGCUGGCCACCGUGCUUGAGAAUUAUCGCGGCAACUGCGCUCUUAGUCAAAGACGCUGACAAACUGACCCUGGGGCAGGAAAUCAGGAUUACAACCCCACAUGCCAUUGAGGGAGUCCUGAAGCAGCCUCCCAAUAGAUGGAUGAGUAACGCACGUAUAACCCAUUACCAGAGCCUCCUACUCAACCCUCCAAGAGUGCGGUUCCACCCCAGUGCGGCCCUCAAUCCUGCUACUUUGCUGCCCGACCCUGACUUAGAUGCCCCACUACACGACUGUGUGGGAAUCCUAGAGCAAGUGCAUGGACUCCGGAAGGACUUGACCGACCAGCCCCUCCCUGAUGCAGAGGCCACCUGGUUCACGGAUGGAAGCAGCUUCGUGCGAGACGGGUGCAGGUACGCGGGUGCAGCGGUGGUCACUGAAACGGACACUGUGUGGGCAGAGGCCCUGCCCCCCGGGACGUCAGCCCAGCGAGCAGAACUCAUCGCCCUUAUUAAGGCACUGACGCUGGGGGCUGGGAAGUGGCUUAACGUUUAUACAGACAGCCGUUAUGCAUUUGCUACAGCUCAUGUCCACGGGGCAAUCUAUCAGGAGAGAGGGCUGCUGACAGCAGAGGGACGGACAAUAAAAAAUAAGCAGGAGAUUCUCGAUCUUCUUGCGGCCUUAUGGCUUCCUGCCAAGUUAGCCAUAAUCCACUGCCAGGGGCACCAGAAAGCCGAUGACCCGGUAGCAAGAGGUAACCAAAAGGCUGACCGGGCUGCGAAGGCAGUAGCCCUUACCUCGGUCCCUACCAAGGCCUUACAACUCCCAGACCCGGGGGACCCAGUCUUACCAGACCAGCCCAAGUACUCCCAGGAAGAAUUGCAACGUAUCAGAAAGCUCCCCAGAGCCCAGGAAAUAAAGGGAUGGUGGUAUACACCAGAAGGGGAACUUAUACUGCCAGACCGGCUCGGGGACACGGUAUUAGAACAUAUGCACCGGUCCACUCACCUGGGAACCCGGAAAAUGAAGGACUUAAUCCGACGUGCCGGGAUCAAGAUUCACCAGCAGAAUACCAAGAUAAAUCAGGUUGUGUCUGCCUGCAAGACCUGUCAACUCACGAACACGAGAGUUGGAUCAAAUGAAAAAGGGACCAGGCUCAGAGGCACCAAACCGGGAGCACAAUGGGAGGUCGACUUCACUGAAAUUAAACCAGGGAAGUAUGGUUAUAAAUACCUUUUAGUUUUUAUAGAUACCUUCUCUGGCUGGGUAGAGGCAUACCCAACCAAGCAUGAAACAGCUCAGACGGUGGCCAAGAAGCUGCUGGAAGACAUCUUACCCAGGUAUGGUUUUCCUGCUAUGAUAGGGUCCGACAACAGGCCAGCCUUUAUUUCACAGGUAACACAGGUAGUAACCAGGGCUAUUGGGGCAAAUUGGAAAUUACAUUGUGCUUAUAGGCCCCAGAGUUCAGGUCAGGUAGAAAGGAUGAACAGAACUCUAAAAGAGACCCUUACCAAAUUAACCAUGGAGACUGGCGGGGACUGGGUGGCUCUCCUACCGUAUGACCUUUACCGGGUAAGGAACUCCCCAUACACCCUGGGCUUUACUCCCUAUGAAAUCAUGUUUGGCAGGCCACCCCCUAUCAUUCCUAACCUUAAAGCUGACCUUCUUGCUGAAUUUGAAAAUCAAGAUCUAUCUCUUUCCUUGAGAGGGCUUCAGAAGGCGCAUGAGCGCCUCCGCGCCAUCUACGAAACCAGCCCAACCCCAACUCCUCAUCAACACAGACCCGGAGAUUGGGUCUACGUCAGAAGGCGUCACCAAGAAACCCUUGAGCCACGUUGGAAGGGUCCCUACACCGUGGUGCUGACGACCCCCACCGCUCUCAAGGUAGACGGCGUCGCAACCUGGGUCCAUCACACUCACGUCCGGUCAGCGGAUCCAUCCAUGACCCGGAAGGACUGCAUCACCAAAUGGAGCAUCGAUCAAGAUCAACGCAACCCGCUCAAGCUCAAGCUACAGCGUGCUUGA